AGCCCAACAUCGCGAGCAUCAAUAAUGCUCUUAACAAAGGUCAGCUAAUAAUGCUAGAUAACGCUUACACAGCAUUGACAUCUGUUCCGACUAGUUCAAAUUUAUCUUUAGCCAUGCCAAAUAACUCCCAAAGGAACAUUGAUGCGAGUAUCAUCCCUUUGUUGAACUGCCAAAACCAAGGAAAUAUUUUGUAUAACUUAAUGUGUGGCUCACAUUUUCGAUGGUUUAGAUGUGACGAAAUGAGAUUGUGCCAACUAGGUUGUGACGUAGAUGAAUUCAGGUGCAAGUCGGGGAAGUGCAUAGGCAAAGAACACAAGUGCGACCUGUACAAAGACUGCGAGGACGGAGACGACGAGCAGGACUGCUUCAAAUGCCAGCACGCCCUCUGUUCAGACGGACGAUGUUUGCCGAAGCACUGGUUAGGAGACGGAGAGGUCGACUGCGACACCUGCACAGAUGACGACAUAGAACUUGAGAUGAAAGCCUCCGGGGAUGAAGAUAUCACCAAAUGUGUUUUUCUUUGCAACAAAACUAAAUGCGUGUAUGAAGCCAUGCUACAUGAUGGAGUCCUAGACUGCCGAGGACCCGAGGGACCGCUGGACGAAACACUGGGUGCUUUAGCUUCUACAGUUUGCUACCAGAAGGAAUACCCCUCAUUAAAUUACAGCAACUGGGCUCCAAAAUGCGUAUACAUAAAGGACGACUUUGAAGAACUAAUAGGCUGCAGGAACAUGAAGCAUCUGGAAGACUGUCAAAACUUUGAAUGCCCGGAAGGCUACGUCAAAUGUCCAGAAGCUUACUGCAUCCCAUUACAUUAUGUGAAUAACAAUAAAUAUGACUGCCCCAACGGGGAGGAUGAAAGCACUUCCAUCGCGCUUGAAUGCCCGGGCUAUUUUAUGUGCGACAAUAACCAGCGUCAAAAAAUGUGCCUUCAUCCUGAUUUCGUUUGCGACGGAAAGGAACACUGCCCGGAAGGCGAAGAUGAAAUUAAUUGCAACGUACAAUGCCUAACAGGGCUUCUCUGCGUAAGCGGAGCGGUUGUUGUUAUCGACCCCAGCGCUGAAGUAGACCUGAAUCUGAUUGACGUUAGAACUAGAUACAUAGACAUCUCAGGAACCAAUGCUCCGAACGUGUUUUCUGUCCAGCCAGCUCAUUCUUUUAACAAUCUUAUAGAGGCCAGGUUUGCAAGAUGUAAUAUAGUGAGUCUGAAUUUCUCGAGCCUGUUUUCUGUUUUGUACAAGUUAGACCUCAGUGGCAACUAUAUUGAGAGCAUAGAGAAUCAAAGCGUUCUAACACAUAUGCCAGUUCUACGGUAUCUUAACUUAAGCCGAAACACACUGCUUUCCGUUAUCCAAGCUAAUGCGUUUAAUAAUAAUAAGAUUGAAGAAUUAGAUUUGUCGUAUACAAAUAUUAGAGAUGUUACAUUCACGAGGCCUUUGUGUGAACUAAAGAAGUUUUUUCUGGUAAACACGCCUAUAGCGCUACGAAGUCUCACAUCCAGUUUGUACGAAAAGUCGUUGCACGAACUUGACCUUAGAGGGGUCAAGGAUGAUAACGUUUGGCCAGAUAUGUUCAAGCAUAUUAAAAUAUGUUAUUCCCUCCGUGUUGACAACUUUAAGUUUUGCUGUCGCCAGUUGCACAACGUCGACACUUCGUUAAAGGCGUGUACUGCCACCCCAGAUCCUUUUUCCUCCUGUUCUGAUUUAAUGGACUCUACGAUCCUGCGCAUCUUUCUCUGGACCACCGGGAUGUUUUCCAUCCUUGGUAACGCUGUGGUUAUUUUCUAUAGAUUCGUCUAUGACAGAAAGGCAUUCGGCAUGGGCUAUGGCCAUUUUGUGUUGAAUCUUGGUUUGUCUGACUUUCUCAUGGGGGUCUAUCUGAUCAUUGUAGCGUCGGCCGAUAUGCAUUACCGUGGCAGCUAUCUCUGGGGAGAACAGGGCUGGAGAAGCAGUGUGACUUGCAAAGCAUCAGGCUUUUUAUCCACGCUGUCCAAUGAGACCUCGAUAUUUUUCAUAUUUCUUAUCACGCUGGACAGAUUUCUUGUCAUUCGAUUUCCUUUUGGCCAAGUCAAAAUCAGAAGCAGAGUUGCAAUAGCUAUCUGCGUGGUGACCUGGUCUGUCGGUAUUGCUCUGGCUUUGAUUCCGGGACUGCACUACUUUGGACACUGGUCGGUGUAUACCACCACUGGAGUGUGCGUUGGGCUUCCGCUCAAUCCUCUGGCAGACACGGCAUGGCUUUACUCACAGAGCAUCUUCAUCUACGUCAACUUCUUGCUGUUCCUCCUGAUCACUGCGGGCCAAGUUGUCAUCUACAAGACCAUGUCGAAAAUGAGGGUAGAGAAAGAAUGCCUGACCAACGUAGGGAAGCGGAGACUGCAGGACAUCACUGUGGCCAAAAAUCUACUCCUUGUGGUCGUGACGAAUUUCUUGUGCUGGUUCCCCAUUGGCUUGUUGGGAGUCAUGACCCUCUGUGGCUAUCAGAUGGACAAGGAUGUUUACGCCUGGACGGCUGUGCUUGUCCUUCCCAUUAACUCGGCCAUAAACCCUAUCCUGUACACCGUCCCUAGCAUUGUUCAAAAUUACCAGAAGUCUAACGAGCAAACAACGCGCCCAUCAAGCCAAACUACAUCCGUUUGAUCUACAAAGUGUACAGAGAAUAGUCUUUUAGCGAUAUAGAAUCGAACCUAAAAUAGAACAGCGUACCGCUUAAGUUUCUAAAUGUGCAAAGUGUUCAAUAAAAGUAAAAGUUUUGAGAGACACUAAUUAAAUUGAAAGACAAAUUUCCAAGCAGAUAAUUAUUAUUAUGUUAGGAAAGAACGAGUAUACAUUCUCUGGCGCUGCAAGGGUCGAGUUUCGUUAAAGGGAAACAAAAUCCAUCGUAGUCCCUUUAUCAGUUU